UGCCUGCUCAACCGGAACACGGGGGCAGCCCUGCCCCUCACUGCAUCUGAGGUCACCUCCUUCGUCAGUGGUUACGCUCUGGGCCUGACCGCCUCCCUCACCUAUGGCAACCUGGAAGCCCAGCCCUUCCAGGGCCUCUUCGUGUACCCACUGGAUGAGCACACCACAGUGAUCGGCUUCGAAGCGGUCAUUGCCGAGCGCGUCGUGACAGUGCAGAUCAAGGACAAAGCCAAGCUGGACAGCAGCCACGUCAACACUUCCCAUGCCGAAUCCUCCCCUGCCACAGGGAACGUACUGCAAGAUGGAGCUUCCAUCGCCCCUCAUUCCUGCACCCCGGGAAGAGUGGCUUUGGAUGAAGACUUGGAGCGGAUCCUGUUCGUGGUCAACCUGGGGACCAUUACCCCCAUGGAGAACGUCGCCAUUUUCAUCAGCACCUCCUCAGAGCUCCCCACGCUCCCCAGCGGGGCUGUGAGGGUGCUCCUGCCUGCUGUCUGCGCCCCAAUUGUGCCUCAGUUCUGCAGCAAGAGUGCUGUCUCCUCCCACCAGCAGGCGCACAGCAAAGACAGGCACUGCUUCGAUGCCCGGGCUCUGGACUCCUGGAACAAGCUGUGCCUGGCAACUCUCCUGGACACUGACGUGUCCAACCCCAUGGAGUACGAGUUCAGCUUCCAGCUGGAGAUCCGCGGGCCAUGUCUGCUCGCAGGGGUGGAGAGCCCCACCCAUGAGAUCCGCGCGGACGCAGCCCCGUCUGCCUGCUCUGCUAGGAGCAUCGUCAUCACCCUGGCUGACAAGCACACCUUCGACCGGCCCGUGGAGAUCCUCAUCCACCCCAGUGAGCCCCACAUGCCACAUGUCCUGGUGGAGCAAGGGGACAUGACCCUGGGAGAGUUCGCCCAGCACUUGAAGGGAAGAACGGAUUUCAUUAAAGGGACGAAGAAGGACAGCAGUGCGGAGCGCAAGACAGAAAUCAUCCGGAAACGUCUCCACAAAGACAUUCUCCACCAUUCCGUCAUCAUGCUCAACUUCUGCCCUGACCUCCAGUCGGUCCAGCCGAACCUGAGAAAGACCCAUGGGGAGUUCAUCUUCCUCAUCGACAGGAGCAGCAGUAUGAAUGGAGCCAAUAUGGAUCGAGUCAAGGACGCCAUGCUAGUGGCUCUGAAGAGCCUCAUGCCAACCUGUCUCUUCAAUGUCAUUGGCUUUGGAUCCACAUUUAAGACACUCUUCCCUUCAAGCCAGACCUACAGUGAGGAGAGCUUGGCCAUGGCCUGUGAUCACAUCCAGGGAAUGCAGGCUGACAUGGGAGGCACCAACAUCCUUGCCCCUCUCAAGUGGAUCAUCCGGCAGCCAGUGCACCAAGGCCACCCACGGCUCCUCUUCCUCAUCACAGAUGGCACCGUCAGCAACACCGGGAAGGUGCUGGAGCUGGUGCGGAACCAUGCCUUCUCCACCAGGUGCUAUAGCUUUGGAAUUGGACCCAACGUCUGCCACAGACUGGUGAAGGGGCUGGCAUCUGUGUCCAAAGGCAGUGCUGAGUUCCUGGUGGAGGGGGAGCGGCUACAACCCAAGAUGGUCAAGUCUUUGAAGAAGGCCAUGGCCCCGGUCCUGAGUGACGUGACCGUGGAGUGGAUCUUCCCAGAAACCACUGAAGUCCUGAUCUCACCCGUCAACACCAGCUCCCUGUUCCCCGGAGAACGGUUGGUGGGCUAUGGCAUUGUAUGCGAUGCCUCCUUGUACAUCUCCAACCCCAGAUCCGACAAGAGGCGGCGGUACAGCAUGCUGCGCUCCCAGGAGUCUGGCAGCUCUGUCUUCUACCACUCUCAGGAGGAGGGACCCGGCCCAGGCAGCGGAGACUGUGCCAAGAGCGUGGGGGCACCCUUCAACCCGGGGCCAGUCAAAGAGGCCCAGCUGUCCAGUGGAGAUGCCCCCACCACUCCCGGUCUGGACCUCUCCCAGCGACGGAGGGCAUACAGCACCAACCACAUCACCAACCACAAGCCCUGCCCCAGGGCCACCACUGCCAGUGACCCCACCGUGGCUGCCAGAAGGUACCCACUGCGGAAAGCCAAGCUGCAGCACCUCACCAACCAUACCAGCCCAGAUACCCAGCAGUGGCGGAUCGAUCUGCAGCCCUUGCGGAACAGUGGCCAGGACCUGAACCAGGGCCCCAAACUCCACGGCCCAGGAGCCCGCAGACCCUCUCUGCUGCCCCAAGACUGCCAGCCCUUCCUGCCCUCCAGCCAGGAUCCCAGGACCGGGAGCCCCAUGAGAGAAGUGGGUUCUGGGUUCCACCUGAAGCCUGCCUUAGACAGCCGCAGCCCUGGGGACCUGGAGCCGUCCCACCACCCUUCUGCCUUUGAGACAGAGACUUCCUCGGACUUGGAACCCUUGGUUGAGGAGCGGGCCAGUCCCAGCAGGCCCUCCACCCCAGGCCCUGUGCUGGGCAAGGCCCUAGUCAAAGGCCUACGCGACAGCAAACGCUUGCAGUGGGAGGUGAGCUUCGAGCUGGGGCCGCCGGGCCCGGAGCGGGACAGCGCGCGCGACGCCGACCUGUGGAGUGAGACCUUCCACCACCUGGCGGCCCGCGCCAUCAUCCGCGACUUCGAGCAGCUGGCGGAGAUGGAGGGCGAGAUCGAGCAGGGGUUUAACCGCCGCUACCAGGUGAAUGCCGUGCACACCAGCAAGGCUUGCAACGUCGUCAGCAAAUACACGGCCUUCGUGCCUGUGGACGUGAGCAAGAGCCAAUACCUGCCUACUGUGGUGGAGUACCCCAACUCCGGUGCUGCACUGCGGACGCUCAGCUCCCGGGCCCUGGCCCGGCAGUGGAGGAGCCCCCCUGCUGGCUUCAGACGGUCCCAGACUAUCCUCAGAGAAGGCUCAGCAGCAGGAGAUGGCAAAUGUCAGACCCUAAACAGUGAGGAGAAUCUCACUGUGCCCUUCAGCCAGAUCACGUGCCCCGGCCGUGAGAGGCACGCUGCUUCCGAAGGUCCCCUACACAGUCUUACCAACAACACCCUUUCUUCCACGAAGCCCUCAGAGACUCUCUUUGGUUCCAGGCUGAGUCUCAAAAAGUCCAGGCUGCUAACUCGAGCAGCCAAGGGCUUCCUGGGCAAGUCACUGGUCAAGGCUCCAGAACCAGCCCUGGGGAGCCAGAGCUUCGACUACGUGCCUCUGGUAUCUCUGCAGCUGGCCUCUGGAGCCUUCCUGCUCAACCAAGCCUUCUGUGAGGCCAUCCACAUCCCCAUGGAGAAGCUCAAGUGGACCUCACCUUUCACCUGCCACCGAGUGUCUGUCACCACCCGCCAGACCCCGAGUCCCCAGCUGUGCACAAGCCCCUCGCCUCGGCAUGCCUCCUGUGACAGUUUUCCCCAAGAGCCGCCCAACGAGAGCAAGCCAGGCUUGGAGCCCGGGGCGCUGGUGGAGCACGCAGGAAAGCUGUGGGCCACCGUGGUGGGGCUGGCGUGGCUGGAGCACAGCUCGGCCUCCUACUUCAUUGAGUGGGAGCUGGUGGCCGCCAAGGCCAACUCGUGGCUGGAGCAGCAGGAGGUGCCUGAGGGUCGCACUCAGGACACGCUGAAGGCUGCUGCCCGCCAGCUCUUCGUGCUCCUGCGGCACUGGGACGAGAACCUCGAGUUCAAUAUGCUCUGCUAUAACCCCAAUUAUGUGUAG